AUGACGUUAGUAACAACAGAAAAUUACCCUACAGCAAUCAAAAGUGUUCCUAUUAAAAUUGUGAAACGAAAAUUUAUUCCGGAUUGCUUUGCUUUAGUUGUUCGGUAUGUUCCAUGUGAAUUAGAUCUCGAAUUCGUUAAAGAAGAAAUUAAACGUACUAUUGCAUCAGCCGAUAAUAGAAAACAAAUCGAUUACACGUACGAACGGAAGUCUAAUGAUUUCCCUUUUACAGUAACGGAUUUAACAGAAUGUAAUACAGCUCGUGAACUUGGUCGUAUUUCGAUUGGCAAUCACUGGCUAUCCAUCACACCUUUUUUAUCUGGGAAUCGUAUGACAUAUUAUACCCGAUGUUGGAUAAUUGGUCACCUGCGUGAACAAUGUAAAAAUAAUGUACAACGUUGUCGAGUAUGUCUACAAGAAAUAAAACAGAAGGAAGAACAUGUAUGCAACAACGUUCCAAAAUGUGCUCAAUGUGAUGGCGAACAUUAUUCACUAAAUUGUCAAUGUCACAUUAUUCAAUAA